UAGCCACCGUUGCUAUAUGAAAAUAAACAUUGCGAGGUGGAAGGGAAGUGCUCGUAAAAAAUACGGUAAAGUCAAAUUCCCCGCAUUUAUAUCCAACUAAUUCUCAGGAGAAGGAAGAACGGAAGCACAUGGGCCUCGCAAUUGAAAAGAAGAGGAAGAACAGUGUGACAAAAAGAACCAAGUAACAGGAAAAGGGAAAACGAAAAGGGCACUGAAGAUUUCGAUGGGGAUGGCCGCGCUGGUGAUGCCCACGGGCGGGGUCCAACACUCAGAGUUCGGCUUUUGGGAGUUUGCCAUGGCUGCGCAAUGAAAAAUCGAUCUCCCAAGCAUUGAUAGAAACAGAAGAAAGAGAGAUGGGCCACCACCAAUCGAGCACCCCGGUGAGCCAAAGGAGAGCAAUGAAGCCCGAUAAGGACUCCUUGAAAAAUAUCACUUCCCUUCCCAACUGGAAGUUCUACGGCAACCCAUUUUACCAUCACCACCACAGAGACGAAGAAGAGCAAGCACGAGAUCUGUCGAGUCCCCACGACCACAGAGCGGCCACCAUGGAUCCUUCGACCCCCGACGAAGCGGCUCGCUCCCAACGUCGAAUCAAGGCAUUGGAAGAGCAGCAGGUUCGCACCCUCUCUCUGGUCUCGUCCUUGAGAUCGGAGCUCGACCUAGCCAGGACGAGAAUCGCGGAGAUGAGGUCGGUGGUGAGGGCGCUGCAAGGGGAACUAGAGAGUGAGAUCGGGGCAAGAAAGAGGCUAGAGAGCGCGAACAAAAGCCUUAGCAAGGAGCUCGAGAAGGAAAGGAUCAGCAAAGAGGUGGUGGAGGGCGUGUGCGACGAGCUGGCGAGGGAGAUAGGGAAGGACAGGGCGGAGGUAGAGGAGAUGAGGAGGGAGUGCGAAAGAGUGAAGGUGGAGGUGGCGGAGGAGCGAAGGAUGCUGCGGAUCGCGGAGGUGUGGAGGGAGGAGCGGGUGCAGAUGAAGCUGGCCGAGGCGCGGCGCGUUCUGGAGCAGAGGAUCUCGGACAUCGACCUGAGCCUGUGCCAGAAGAGCGAGCCCCGCGGCGAGGAGAAAAAGGCCGAGCCACCGGUGUCGGCGUCAGAGGCAGCUUCUGCUACCGGUGGUGGUGGUGGCAGCGGCGGAUCGGUUGGUUGGAACAAGCCACACUUGACAGAGAAUCCUCACAUACAAAGGGGGAUGAAAGGGUUCGUGGAAUUCCCAAGAGUGGUCCGGCAGGCCGGCCCCAAGGGGAGAAGGGUCGGCUCCACCAAAGCCGAGUGCCAGAAGGCUCUUUUGAGGCAGUACAUUCUGAAGCAGCGAGUGCCUGUAGGGUUGAGCGCCAGUGGACCGGAGAAUCUGGUCAUGGGAUGACGCAGAAUUCAAUAUGUUAGAUCUUUCUCUAUAUACUCCUUUUUUUUUUUCUUCUUUUUUUCCGUUUCCAUGAUUGUCUUUCUGGGAAUCUCCUGCCUUGUACAUGAGCUCUGCACCUCUGUGCACAUUGGGGUUCCUGAAUAGUGGAGUCUGGGAACUCGAAGAGUUUCAUUUUCUUGUAUAUGUUCAGCAAUAAUAUAAUUUUGUGCUGUUCUCUA